UUACUUGUAUUUUCGCAUAUUACAUCUUGGUACUUAUCGCAUGCGCCGCCCACGACACGUUUGGGUGAAGGGGAGACACUAGCGGAGGCUAGCACGAGGAGGCGACGUCAACUUUUUUUCAGCAUGGAUCACGCCAAUGCUAUCAAGGAGAUAGGCGGCGUCGACAGCAACAGAAAGGUAGAUUGAUGAGAGUUGUAGAGGAAGAUUGUGGUGAUGUUGAGAGUGCGCAUGAGUGUCCGCCAUCUCACCAUCAUCUUAUACAUGAACACGCUGGACUCCUAUAACGUCACUCCAACCGUCCAACCGGGCAAAUUACAGCUGUUCGACUCUCAACAGAACAACACGACUGUGCUGUAUGUACUGUACUGGCUGGUAAUAGCUGCAAGCUGCCAUUUCAAUAUUGCCAACAUGCCAUUCCCGUCUCCUUGUCGACGCUAAUCCAUCCCCAAUCCGCAUCGUUAUCGUCACUCUUUGCUCGCUCGCUCACUCUCUCUCUCUCUGCCUGGGCUGCUGCUGGCUGCGGUGAGAGGUG